CCACUUUACAAAUUCUUUCUCUACAAAUUAAAUCUGCAGCCACCACACCCCCUGGCCGUCCUCCAUUUCCAUUCCCAACACACACACACGCUAGUACAGAACUGGUGGGGGUUGGGUGCAUCAUGAUGAUGAGCUCACUACAGUAAAUAGAUCUUGUCAUCAUAUUAUAACAUGUAAUGUGCAGUAUAACUAUAAGUUGUUUCUGUGAACAUAUAUGAGAUACCAAACCUUGUUUAUGUCACCUUUAGCAACCGAUCCACCUUCACAAUCAUCAUCAUCAUCAGUCUACUGUACAUUCUUUUUUUUUUUUUUCUUUUUUUCCUUCUUAAGAAAAAUAUAAAAAUAAAUUCGUACGUACCACUUACGAUAUGUUUCAUCAUUAAUAAUCACCUAGUAAUUAAAAUUACUUGUACCCCAACAUUAAUUACAACAUCUACCCGUCAUUUAUACAUUUGGAGAUUACGUAUAUGUUUUUCUCCCUUAGUUAUAAUAACUGCUACUAUUAAUUUCAUGAUCGAUGAUGAUAACAAACAUUGAAUGUUGGGGGGUGGACAGUGCGUCGGUCCAAAAGUACCCUGGGAAUCGGAUGCUGGGAUGGCGUGACCCAUUGCCCCACCACAACCCCAUCAAGUGGGGGCCUUACGUUUGGAAAACCUAUCAACAAGUUUACGAGGAAGUUCUCUGCGUUGCCUCUGCAUUACGAUCCCAUUCCAUUCAACCUGGAGCCAGAGUUGGAAUUUACGGGUCGAAUUGCCCCCAGUGGAUUGUGGCAAUGCUGGUUAGUGAAUUACACACACACACACACUAGUACUUGUAAUAAUUAAUUUACACAGAUGGCGCUCAUCCAUCAUUUCUGCGUUAUCAUUAUUCUACUCAAACUUCAUCAAUUUUAAUAACAUAUAUACACAGUAGUAUUAAAAUGACAAGAUUGUUUGACAUAUGUAUAUAUAAUAAUGGUUGGUAUGGAUGAUGAAUGCAGGCGUGCAGUGCACAGAGUUUGAUAUGUGUACCGCUGUAUGAUACCCUGGGUCCUGGAGCUGUGGAUUUCAUAUUGGAUCAUUCCGACAUUGAAUUCGUUUUCGUCCAACAUCCCAAGCUCAAACAUGUGAGACCUUCUGCAGUUGUGCUGCUUCCAUUAAAAAACUAUAAAAUACUCUGUACUCGUUAACUUGAAGCAAAUAUACAUGCAAGGGGACUACCUUUCUUGUAUCCUUAGUUAUUUCUUCCCCUUCAAUUGAGAUAAUUAAUAUUGCUAAUUUUACCCGACUGAUGCACUGGUGUAUAUGUACAUAAUAGUACAUUGUAUUGUCCUGAAUGAAAAUGAAUGAAAUUAAUGUGUUAUGCAGCUUCUCAGCACGGAGUGCAAACAUGCUCAGCGACUCAAAUUGAUUGUUUGCUUCACUUCACUGACAAGAGAAGAACAGGACAAGGCGGCCUCUGUUGGAGUCGGAUCCUCCUAUUCUUGGACUGAUUUUCUUCGCCACGGUAAAGAUAAUCCAGUGGAGGCCUUGCCACCGAAGCCACUGGACAUCUGCACCAUUAUGUACACCAGCGGCACCAGUGGCGACCCCAAAGGCGUUGUCUUGACUCAUGAAAACCUCAUUACCUGUAUCCAAGGUGUUGACAUUUUCAUGGAGCAAUUCGAAGACAAGAUGACGGUAGAUGAUGUCUACAUAUCUUUCCUUCCACUUGCUCAUAUCCUGGAUCGCAUGAUCGAGGAAUACUUCUUCCACAAGGGUGCUUCUGUUGGAUAUUAUCACGGGGAUAUCAAUGAGAUACGGGAUGAUUUGGUGGAAUUGAAGCCAACAUUUUUGGCUGGAGUGCCUCGAGUUUUUGAAAGAAUACAUGAAGGAGUUCUCAAAGCACUCGAAGAACUGAAUCCAGUGAGAAGGAAGUUUUUCGACAUUCUUUACAGCCGGAAGCUUAGUUGGAUGAAGUUAGGAUACAAACAGAAAGAUGCAUCUAGGCUGGCUGAUCUUCUGGCUUUCAGGAAGGUGAAGGCUAGAUUAGGAGGGCGGCUUCGGCUGAUAGUGUCUGGUGGAGCACCAUUAAGCAGUGAAGUGGAAGAAUUCUUACGCGUGACAACGUGCGCCUUUGUUGUGCAGGGCUAUGGGUUGACAGAGACUUGUGGAUUGGCAACUCUGGGAUUUCCGGACGAAAUGUCAUUGAUUGGGACAGUAGGAUCUGCAUUUGUAUACAACGAGCUUCGCCUGGAGGAAGUCCCCGAGAUGGGGUACGAUCCAUUUGGGAAUCCUGCUCGGGGUGAAAUAUGUAUCAGAGGGAAGACAGCUUUUGCGGGGUACUAUAAGAAUCCUGAAUUGACUCAGGAAUGUAUGCGAGACGGGUGGUUUCAUACAGGUGAUAUAGGGGAGAUAUCGGGGAAUGGAGUGGUGAGAAUCAUCGACAGAAAGAAAAAUUUGGUGAAGCUGUCACAGGGAGAAUAUGUAGCAGUGGAGCACCUGGAGAAAGUAUACACCAUUACUCCUAUAAUUGAAGAUAUAUGGGUAUAUGGAGACAGCUUUAAGUCGAAGCUGGUGGCGGUGGUGGUGCCAAAUGUGGAGAACACAGUGAAAUGGGGAGAGAAGAGUGGGUACGGAGAAGAAGGUUAUCCCAAAUUGUGUGCCCUGAAGCAGCUCCAAGAAUAUGUACUCCAGGAGUUAAGGACCACUGCCGACAGAAACAAACUGAGAGGGUUCGAGUACAUAAAGGGAGUGAUUCUGGAGACACAACCAUUUGAAGUUCAAGCAGAGUUGGUGACUCCGACGUUGAAGAAGAAAAGAGACCAAUUACUGAAGCGUUACAAGGUAGAAAUUGAGGGGGUGUAUACCAACUUGGCGGCUGCACUUAAGAGCUAUUAGUAGUAGUUUUAAUUUGUAGAGACAUGAAUGCAACAAUAUAAAUUAUCAGCCUGAAAAUUUGAAGCAAGAUGUACGUGAUGAUGAUCACUUUUAUCUAUUAUUAUUAGAAUUCAGUUUGUAUAAAAUUACUAUUAUUUUAUAUAUAAGGGUGAGAGUGUUAAUUCUGCUGGGUUUUAAUGACAUACUAUUUUUAGUAUGGAUCCAGCUCCCGUUGAUUUUUAUUUUUC